AUGUGCCGGCCACCCAGCAUGGCUGGGCUGCACCACCCCUGGAGCCGGAAAUUGUUGGGCCCGUCUGUAGGGGAUCAAGACCCUCGUGGGGUAGCCGGAUCGAUUCCUCUAAUUCCUAUACGGAUGUUGUAUGUUCUCAGCCGGAGAUUUCGGCGUCUUUGCUCGAAGAUACGGCAGCUGAUAUGGCGUCGUCCUAGGCCUAAACUUGUAAUCAGAAGGCUUGUGAAUCUGAAUUCAAAAGGACAGAGUAGAGAAAGAUCAGCAACCCAUAAGGAUAUUGGCAAAAUAAAUGGUACCUCUUUACAGACUUUACAGAGGCCUAUUCGACUUGCAACUUUCAAUGCUGCCUUAUUCUCCCUUGCACCUGCUAUUCCUAAGGCUGAGAAAUCAGUUGUUUUCAGUCAUGAAGAGGACUGUUUGACAUUUGGGAAUCAGUUGAAGUCUGUGAAUGGCCGUCCCAAGGGUAUACUCAAACAAUCUCCACUUCACCCAAUGAUCAAUGGUUCUGAAGGUGAGAACAAACUCACUAAACCAAGAGCAAAAGUCUCAAUAAAUCUUCCUGAGAAUGAGAUAUCAUUAUCUCAGAAUAAGGUUAUUAACGUUGUUGAGGAAUCAUCAACAAAUUUUAGUUUCAACAGCCUGGCUCCUGUGAGGUCUCCCAUAUGCUUCCCUGCGAGCAUGGCAAACUGGAUCAAAGAUGCGAGUUUGUAUGGAAGUCGAACCAUAUUUGAUGUGCUUAAAGAAGUGGAUGCUGAUAUUUUGGCUUUACAAGAUGUGAAGGCCGAGGAAGAAAAUGAUAUGAAGCCGUUAUCUGAUUUGGCUCGUGCACUGGGGAUGAAUUAUGUGUUUGCUGAGAGCUGGGCUCCUGAGUAUGGAAAUGCUGUUCUUUCAAAAUGGCCUAUUAAGAAGUGGAAGGUUCAAAAAAUCUAUGAUGAUAAAGAUUUCAGGAAUGUGAUAAAAGCUACAAUCAAUAGGUGGACUGACAUUGUAAAUUAUUACGCAGAUUUAGGAAAGCCAACGCCAAAAGUUGAAGUGACGAAAUUCUUGAAGGAAAAUGAGUAUACCGAUGCUAAAGAUUUUCCAGGGGAAUGUGAACCAGUGGUUAUGAUAGCGAAAGGCCAAAAUGUACAGGGAACAUGCAAGUAUGGAACUCGAGUUGAUUACAUUUUGGGUUCACGGGGCCUGCCCUACACGUUCGUGCCUGGAUCCUACUCAGUAAUUUCAUCGAAAGGCACUUCUGAUCAUCAUAUAGUUAAAGUAGAUAUACGUUGUGCCCCAACCCGAGUCCCCAUGUCUGAGCCAAUAGCGCUUUUACACGCUGAACUCCAACCUAUUAUCAUAUUCAGUCGGAAGAGUUUAGGUAAUACUUUUGGUAGACAGGGCAUCCCGGUCAGCACCGGUUUUGUUUGGCGCUCGACUGAAAAAAGGGCAGGAUGGAUGGAAAGAAGUCAAUUUAAAGCACCAAUUCUACCCACCUCUAUGAAUUCUAACCCAAACCAGCCAUGA